CAAACGCUACGAAUUUCGGUAGUCAAAAUGGGCUGUACUUCCGGCUGUUUUAAGUGUUUCUUAAACAUACUCAACACGGUGUAUGCGUUCUUUGGCCUGUUGAUAAUUGGAAUAGCCACGAUGAGUCUCAGCCAGGCACCGACUGCAUAUAUUAUCUAUUUGUAUGUGAUUGGUGUGGUGCUGUUCGCUUCGUCUAUUAUCGGCUGUUGUGGCAUCUGUCAGGAGAGUGUUUGCAUGACCACAACGUAUGGUUUCAUCUUGUUGACAUUGCUGAUUGUGCAAUUGUUUGGCUUGUUCGGCAACAGCUUCGAUGAGGAGUACAUCAAGCGCUUUGCGGUCGAAGAUGUUGACGUGAAAUGGAAACAAGAGAUGGUUGAGCGUGGUGCCAUGGACAAAAUACAGCGGACGUACGAAUGCUGUGGCCGCAACGGACCCGAGGAUUAUGUAAGCAUUGGUCGCACCACACUACCAGACAGCUGCUAUCCCGAUGGCAAAACCAAUAUACCCUACUUCACGACGGGCUGUGUCAAUGCAGCUGCCGAUGAGUUCCUUCGCUUCUUUAGCUAUGCUAACAACAGCAAAUGGGGCUCGUUUGCAAUUACGGCUUUACUCUGCUUCUGUACAUUUUAUCUGGUGCAACGCUUCCGCAAGGAACGACGGCGAUAUACCUAUCACUACUAAAGAAACAUCAAAUAUU